CCCUAUUUCUUUUCAGCCAGAAAACAAGGCGAAGAAUCCGAAAACCGACGAUGUACGCCAGGACAAACACCGGCAGCACACAUGGAGACUUCCAGGACAGAAACGGAGUAAAUUAUGUGACAUCGACAGAGUCUUUCGGCCACUGCUCCCAAUUGUUCUGGAAAAAGGAUCCCAACGACUCCGGACCAAGUUCGACCAUCAGCUGGUGCGAUCAGCUCCCCUCCUCCUCAGCAGCACUCUCCAGCUCCAGUCUCUCCUCAGCGUCGCUCUCCAGCUCCAGUCUCUCCCUGGAAUCCCGAGCGCCAGCGCCGCCACCGGCGACGGCGCCGUCAGACGACAUGGAGUCGGAUGAGAGGCCGUACGUCUGCGACCUGUGCACCUGCGCCUACAAGCACGCCAGCUCCCUGCUCAACCACAAGCUCACCCACAAGACCGGGGACUUCAGGUGUGACUUCUGCAGCAAGCCCUACACCAACUACAUGUCCCUGCGUAACCACAUGCGAAUCCACGGUCAGAAGCGCUACAUGUGCGACCUGUGCGGCAAGGCCUUCCGCCUGGCCCGGUACCUCCGCAACCACCAGAGGAUCCACGACGAUGGACCAAACCGCUUCGACUGUCCCUCCUGCUGCAAGAGCUACAGGACCAUGCUGGAGCUGGCUCAGCACCGCUGCACCGCCGCCUCAAGCAACCAGUCCGGCGGCAGUCGUCGUUCCAAUUUCUCCAACGCUCGCCGUCAGCAGCAGCAACAGCAGCAGCAACAACAGCAACAGCAGAACAGCGCCACGUCCAUGAUGCAGCCGCAGCACGGAGGACACGGCCCCCAGGAACCCCUGCCCUCCCACUGCGUCUCCCCCAUGUCCCAGGGAGGACAGGGAGGAGGCGUGGCCAGCCAACCGGUGCCUGACCCGCAUCAGGUAGGGAGGAGAUAUCAGGGCCGUCCCAGCUCGGUGUCGUCCCAGAGCAGCCAGCAGAGCAUGAGGAGCUCAUCCUCCAACAAACACGUCUCCUCCUCCAGCGCCACCCCGUCCUCCUCCUACUCCCUGCUCCAGCCCCUGGUGCCUGAGGUAAAGGAGAUGAGCUCGGGAUACACUAGGCUGAGCGCCAACCCCAUGCCGAAGCACCAGGACACUUUCUCUCUGGCCCCCCAGCGUCCCCUCACCACCAUCAACCCCAUCAGCCACUCCCUCCAUCCGAACGGAGCGCCCACGCUCAAGCCUUCCCCUGUGCCACGCACCAUCCAGGCCAUGCCCUGGGAGCAGCGCUCUCUCUACAAUCAAUGAAACCCCCCCCCGCCCCACCUCCCUCCCUCGGGAACCAACAGCCCCCCCCCUUCACGUCUCGUCCAACACCGCCCCUACACGCCCACCUCCUCCUCUUCCUUCCCACCCCUUCCAUAUUCAGCAUCAAGGAUGGAGGACAUCAGCUGCCCCAGUCUUUGGAUGCCGGAUGCCCCCCCUCCCCCCCAG